AUGGAAACAAAAUCAACCACGGAUGUCUUCAUGUGUAUCCCACCCGAAGACGCACUAGAGGUUGCACGCGGUAGGAAAACCAAUGUAUAUCGCAGCUAUCCCCUCCCAGCCACCGUCCGCCGCAUCUGGUUUUACACCACCGCUCCACUGCAGUAUAUUGAGUAUGUGGUGUGUAUAUCACACAAUGAGGCUGAAUCCAACACAGACAAUAAGCCACCCAGAUACGCUUACAAGAUUCUCCAGGUAUGGAUGUUGAAGCACCCUAUGUACCUGCAUCAGGCUAUCGCGCGCGUAAGGGGUCCAGCGGAAAUCAUCUGGUAA